GCUUACCAAAGUCCAGAUCACUGUCAUUUUCUAAGCAUAAACAAGUAGCAGACAGCAAAUACAUGGUAGCAUAAGACCUAAAUAUAUAUAUUAAAAACAAGAAAGAAAAGAAAAUGGAACGCAUAAUUUGGUUGUUUGCAAUGGUGCGUUUUUGGACUGUCAUGGCUACAUAUCCUUCGCCUGUUCCCUGUGAUGAUAAAAGCGUGAUGAAACUCGCCCGACUUGCCGUAAAUUACAUCAAUGAGGACAGAAAAGAAGGAUACAAAUUUGCCCUCAACAGAGUUUUCAACGUGCACGUUCAUCCACAGGGUCCAGCUGGAAAGGUUUACUAUCUCGACUUGGACGUCCUGGAGACCAAAUGUCAUGUCCUCAGCCGAAAAUCAUGGAAGCGCUGUGAUAUAAGGCCCUUUAUGGAAACACAAAUCUCUGGGAACUGCAACACUACCAUUCUACACACGCCAGACGGCCUCUCCUACCUCUACAGCUAUGACUGCACCCUUGUACCAGACCCCCCUGAAAAGUUACAGCGGAUAUGUCCAGACUGCCCCCUACUGUUGCCCGUGGAUAAUGACAGAGCCGUGUCCAGUGCUAAGAUCAGUCUGCGCAGCUACAACGUUCAGAGUACUCUGCCUGUACAACUCACAGUGGCAGCUAUAACCAGAGCCUCCCACCAGGUCUCUCCAGUUGCAGCCAGUUUUGUUGAGUACACUGUGCAGGAGUGCUCUGUGCCACCAGUGGAUGAAGCUUUGUGUGUGCCAGCAGAUGCAGGGAAAGGGCCCAUUGGUUUCUGUGGCGGGGCGGUUUAUGGCAUUGAAGCUAUCCCAACUGACGUUAAGGUGUCCUGUGAAAUAUUCCACCCUCAGCACUCUUGGAAUUCUGUUGGCAGCGAUGCCGGCACACAGCAGCUGGAAAAACCCAGCCCUCGACCAGAAGUGCCAGCUCGUCCUCCAGUCGUUGUUCUUGAUGCCCCUGUCCCUACGUUUCAUGACACCAGUCCAGGAGGGCUGCUAGACCCUGUUCAGCAACUUCUUCCACACAGCCCUAAUCCUUAUCAGUCAUCAAGUGAAUCCAGCGAGUCUUCUUCAUCAGAGGAGAUUGCUGGUUCGGUUCGAAUCGCCAGGCCUCCGCUGAACUUCCGAUAUGUGCCUUCACGCCAGAGGAGAGAGGCAUCUGCAGUAACGAUCAAUCCCACUUUCCUGGCUGUGUUCCCCAGCAUACCGUCCCCUUUCCGUUCCUGCCCUGGAGCAUCUCGCUAUACCACUGCAUAAAAAAUAUUUUUAAUGUAUUUUUAUAGCGUGGUCAUGACAAGUCACACAAAACUGUAUAAGAAGUUAUAAACACUUAUGGCUAUUCAGGGCAGUACUAAAUAAAAAACAAAAUGCAAUUUUAA